AAAAAUUUGAAUGUUACAUUAAAGUUAUUUCUACACUAUUUAACAUAAAAUAAGAGUAAUUCAGUGAAGUAUUAAUGAAUAACAGUGAAUGAAAUAGUUGUAAAAUAAAUUAAAAAAAGAAAUCAACAUGACUACUAUUUACGAGCUUUAUUGUGAAACUUAAUAACAUAAGCCAGGAGAAGUUUAUAAUAUUACUCAGGACGGCCAUUAUAGACCAUACGUAUACAUUAUCGCUCAACCUGGAUUUCCAUUUUAAAUCGCAAGCAAAUAAAAUAAUGUCCAAAGUCGACUUGGAGUCAUCCAAAAACUAUUCACAGCUUUUAAGCAAUCAUCACAGCGUAAGAAGUCACUGCCCAGGAGGUAGUUCUAACAAUGUAAUUGAAGGUGAUGCGAAAAAUAGUGUAAAUGCAAUGUUUUUUACAUGGUUUCGGUUCCACCGGGUGUAUAAACUACUAUUGCUAAUAUUGUUCGUAUUGGUGCUAUGGCCACUCUUCGCGCAUUACAGUUUACUAAAUCACCCUAUCAACGAAGUUCCGUCUGCUGAUGUCCAUCGCAGCCGACCUCUUUUGGAUGCGUAUGAGGACUUUAGUUCGAUGCGUGCUAGUGAUUUAAAAAUGCGUAUAGAAGAAAUGCUGCAUAUAAAAAGUACAGUUUCAGUAGAAUUACGGGAACUUGAAUCUCGUCGACAAAAGCUUCAAUCAGACAUAGGAAAAUAUAACCAAAAAAUUGAAGAAUUAAAGCAAGAUUUAUUGCGUGAACAAACCGAGCUAGAAAGGUUAAAAAUAUCUGUUGAACAAGCGCAAGUAGCUCAGCGAGAAGCAAUUCAACGCAAUACUCCCGAUUUGGCUCUACCACGAACUUUAUACCCCAAUAUAUUGCCACGAAAACUGCCAGCCAUAACAACAGACGCAGGAUUGUCCUGCGAAAUGUACAACUGUUUCGACUACUCCCGUUGUAGUUUAACAUCUGGAUUUCCUGUAUAUUUGUAUGAUCCUGACUUAAAUAAUAUAUUGCGGACUGGUUACGACAUAGACGGAUUUCUGAAAACAACAAUUAAACAAACACUUGGCUAUAAUGCUCAUAUUGUGCAUGAUCCUAAAAUGGCUUGCAUAUUUUUAGUGCUCGUAGGUGAAGCUAUGCUGGAAAAUGAUUUAAUGAAGAACAAUCGAUAUGCAGCCGAAGAAGAAGAACGAAAAAACUAUUCAAAGUCACCUUUAAUGGAGAUGCCCAUUGAUAUUGAGAAACUUUUCCAGUUGCCAUAUUGGGGAGGUGAUGGUCGUAAUCACGUUUUGUUAAAUCUAGCUCGUCGCGAUUUACAUUCACCACGAACCAACGCUUUUCUUAAUCAAAAUACUAUGCGAGCCAUAGUAGUGCAAUCAUCAUUUGAACGACUACAAUUCCGCCCUAGUUAUGAUCUAAUAGUACCACCGAUUCUUGGACCACCUGGUGGUGAUGUUUGGCAGGAAUGUGCCCCAAUGAUUCCAGCACGACGUACUUAUCUUUUAUCUUUUCAAGGAGAAAUGCGUCCAAUUGAUAAAAAAGUGCAAUUACAUCCACUAGAUGAUUUUAUUUUAGAUCAUCUUACUGACAUGUCCAAAGGUUCCACUCAAGACAAAUUCUUAUUGCAAUUUCAUUGUGUACCAGCCACUGAACAAUCAGAGGAAUUGGCUUUUACGGAUUGGGCACUUUGUGGUACUGACUCAUCCCGCAAAGCAGUUUUAAAAGAAUCAACUUUCGUAUUAAUCCUUCCGCCAUUGGAAAAAAGAAUUAGCUCAACUCUGAUGUUAGCUCGACUUUAUGAAGCUCUUAGAUCUGGUGCCAUUCCUGUAAUACUUGGUGCUGACGAAGUCCGUUUACCUUAUGCUGAAACCAUCGAUUGGCGACGUUUAACAAUUUUGCUCCCAAAAGCUCGUAUUACCGAACUGCAUUUUUUGUUACGUGCUAUGCAAGAUGUUGACCUAGUUCAAAUGCGUCGUCAAGGCAGGCAGAUUUGGGAGAGAUACUUAAGCUCGGUGCAAGCAACCGUCGAUACAAUAAUAGCUAGCCUACGAGAUCGUCUAGGUAUACCACCACGUCCAGUCCUUCCUAUUGUCGCGCAGAGUGUAUUCAACAGUACAUUUAUUCCACUUAAAUCUGAUCCCCCGGUAGGAUUAGAUACGGAGCCGGAGGAAUCAUUAGGUCCUAUAGAACCACCAUAUCCGAGUCCUGCAUUCCGACGUAAUUACACGAUUUUGCGUAUGCAAUCUGGUGAGGCAUGGAACGUAUGGGUUGACCCUUUUUACAUGUAUCCACAAUUACCUUUUGAUCCAGUUUUGCCCGCUGAAGCUAAAUUCCUUGGGUCCCACAUGGGUUUCCGACCCAUUGGAAAAGGCAGCGGUGGUGCAGGCAAGGAGUUCAGUGAAGCCCUUGGAGGCAACUAUCCGCGUGAACAAUUUACUAUUGUUAUACUUACAUAUGAACGCGAACAAGUUCUUAUGGACUCUCUUGGUCGCCUUUACGGUCUGCCUUAUUUGCACAAGGUAGUGGUAGUGUGGAAUUCCCCAAAACCUCCGCUUGAUGACUUGCGUUGGCCCGAUAUUGGAGUACCAGUUGCGGUGGUACGUGCACCAAGAAAUUCCUUGAACAACCGUUUUCUACCUUUCGACGUUAUUGAAACAGAGGCGAUUCUCUCUGUUGAUGAUGAUGCUCAUUUACGUCAUGAUGAAAUAUUAUUUGGCUUUAGAGUUUGGCGAGAGCAUCGCGAUCGCGUUGUAGGAUUUCCAGGUCGAUUUCUUGCUUGGGAUUUGAACUCAAAUCGGAAUUGGAACUAUAAUUCCAACUACAGUUGCGAACUAAGCAUGGUGCUAACGGGCGCCGCUUUUAUACAUAAAUAUUAUAUGUAUCUUUACACCUACCAUUUGCCUCAGGCUAUACGCGAUAAAGUCGAUGAAUACAUGAAUUGUGAAGAUAUAGCUAUGAAUUUCUUAGUUUCGCAUAUAACCCGCAAACCGCCUGUAAAAGUAACAUCAAGGUGGACGUUUCGAUGCCCAGGCUGUCCAGUAUCGCUCAGCGAGGACGAUACACACUUUCAAGAACGACACAAAUGUAUAAAUUUUUUUGCACAGGUCUUUGGCUAUACCCCAUUAUUAAAUACUCAAUACCGCGCUGAUUCAAUACUCUUUAAAACACGAAUACCGCACGACAAACAAAAGUGCUUUAAAUAUAUCUAAAAUACAUAAUGAAUUUUUUGACAAGGUUUGAUAUGCACAAACUAUAUUACGAAAUCUACUCUACACACAGAUAUGUAUAUUGAUGAACGGUUAUUGAUUUUACAAUGUUUUUAUAAUACCACUAAUUAAAAUACAUGUAUGUAAUAUCUAACGCGAUUAAAAUAAACAAACACUAUUUUUUGUUGUGCAUCGUUAUGAAUUACUUAACUAA